AUCUUAUUAACACUCAUUCGGUGAGAUCGUAGCAAGAAAGAGGUCUCAAAGGCUGGUCAACAGUCUUUUGACCAAGACAGAAAUCAUGGAUGAAGCGGUAGGUUUUAAAAUGUUAUGACAUUUCGUAUCCGGCCAUCGCAGUACGACAGUUUUGAAUAUUUAAUGUUUUUGAAUCGUUUUGCAUGCAUGUGUAGGACUAAUUUGCAUUUCCAAGUAGCAGUUGCUCGUACGCGAUUAUCUGCCAGGCGUAUCGGUUCAUUGCGAACUGGUUCUCUGGAUAAACGUUAGCUGAAUCUAACGCAAGGUCGCCAACUGUGCAACGAGAAACGAGAAGCAGUUAUUGGGCAAGCUUCUGCCGCUUGUGGCUAGGUAAAUUGCUAGUUUACAUGCGUGUAUAGGACUAUUUCCGAUUACUACGAAUAUUAUCGCAGGGGUGGAGCGUAUAUAGCAUACCACAUAAAUAGCUUUACCGUUAAACGUACGGCCGUAAAUCUUUGGUGAAAGUAGUCGUAUUUCGUAGCCUAAUAUUUCUCAUUUUGUGUCAAACAGGACAGGAUGCCCGAUCACGACCCGACGUCGGCUGACGCGGAAUGGAAGAAGAUACAACAACGAACAUUCACUCGCUGGUGCAACGAGCAUUUAAAAGUUGCAAAUAUUGUCAUAUACGAUCUUGAAACCGAUCUUUGCGAUGGCAUCAAACUUAUCGUCCUGCUCGAGGUACUGGCUCACAAACGAGUCGGAAAGUACAACAAGAAACCGAACUUUAAGUCACAGAAGUUGGAAAAUGUCGCCAUUGCACUCAAGUUUAUCGAGAACGAGAAUAUCAAACUGGUUAAUAUCGGUAAGUGAGUGAUUAUUUUUGUACAUUACAUUAUAUCUCAAAGGUGCUUAACGUUAAUUACAUGUUAACUAGCUAGCUGGUUUUUUGGUUGUGUACAAUAUAACACACGUUCUAACAGAUCUAAUAUGCUAUAUCUUUAAUUGAUAUCUGAUAUUAAUGCUUAGCACACAUAUUUGUCUGUUGAGACUUUUGAUCAAUAAUGUCGAUCGAAUCCGACAUAACUUUUGCUCAUGUUAAUUCGCACAAAAUUUUAACUUUCAUGUUAAUGCUUCGUGGCUUUCUGAGGUGUUUGGGAAACAUAAUUUUGGAACAGAACGAAAAUUUGAGACGAACCCCCAUUGGCAAUGACAGACAGAAAGUAAGAUCACACCAAUUGAACUUGGCGAUUAAAAUCUAGAAUCAACCAUUCUGUGCAAAAAUCCGUCUGUUCGGGAAGCGAAAUCUCGCUGAAUUUUAGCCAUAAUUUGGACACAAGUAUGCUUUAAAUGUGGCUUAUAUUUGUGGCAUUUGAUGGUCUAAUUAUCGUUAAAAAACGUCCUUGUCGGUGAACGAGAAAUCAGAUUCAAAUUAUGUUUUGUUCGUGGGCGUAGCUUUGGCCAUCGUCUAAUGCAACAACAUGAGAUUCUGCAUGCCCUUCCUGCUGACAACAACGUCGGAAAUUCACACUUAUUAUGCCAAGGUCUAACCAUGUAUUAUAUUCCGAUAUACUUAUUAAUUUCUCGGCCAAACAUUUGGAGAUUUUCGUGCACCAUCGCUCUAAACGCGCUGAAAUAUUCACGAAUGUAAUUUGUAACAAGUUCAACUAAUUCCAGACACGUGUAAUGUUUGCGUUCGACUGUCUUCGUAGUUUUAUGAUUUUAUCCCAAGAUCGGCGCCCAUAUUAUAUUAUAUAAUACUUUCCCAAUUAAAUUCUUGAGGUAUUGACAAGUUGGUAUUGUGAGUGCUUAGCAAAACUAUGCGAGGUAUAGCAAAUAGUUCAAAUGAUAUCGGGCAGUCGUUGAUUUGAAAUUGACAUUUUUGUACAUAAUUUAAAAAGUCCGUUUGGAAUGCGGAUUUUGUUCCAAUUAACGGCCAUUUUAAGAGUGUCGUGGAAGCUAUUUUGCUUUCAUAUAGCAUAUAAAGCUAUUUUGAUUUAUUCUAGACCAGGAAACUCGGCAGUAUUGAUGGUUUAUAAUGUGGCCGACUUCAUAGAUCAGAUUUGCUCGAAUCCGAAUAAUCAAUGAGCUUCCCCCGUGGGUGGUUUUUUUUUUUGCAAAUUAUUUCUUGCUAGAAAGCUCUAUUUUUCAUUGAAUGUUCUGUCAAUUAAAAGGCGGCCUGUUUAAAGGAAAUGCUCGUAAAUUUUCAAGACGAGCAUAUAUAGAAACACGCUGGCAGCCAUUAGCUGUUUAAAAUAGUUUAUUUUUAAUGACGAAAUUAUACAAAGACCCUUCAGACUUCCCUUAAAAGGUAAUGUUGACAUGCCCUGAGAAAUGUCAACUAUUUAAAGUCUGGCGUCUCGACUCGUUUAUUUUCGGCCACAUGUUUAAUUGUUUUAAGACAUUUACAGAGUUCGAAAUUUAGCCAUUUUUAGAGUAUAUUCGUGCAGUUUCAAUCUUGAAGAUUCUGAGCAAUUUAGCGAACAAUUAAGCAGGAUUUUUACUUCAUUUAAAUUUUCCUUCACAGCAAAUUGUUCGCCAGAAGUAGAAUUAUGGCGGUCGUUUCCUGCACUUGUCAGAUGACAAAGUACAUUCGUACGGCCGAAAUUUCUGGACAAAUUAAAGGCAGAUAAACGGUCACAACAAUGCAAAUCGUAGACACUGACGAUAUUGAAAAUUGUCCCAUUUCCGAUGUAAUUGCAAUAAACAGUCUGCUUAUUUCAAAGCAUUUUUGUUUCACAAUUGACUAGGCAAAUUGUUGGGCUCGAAGUUCAUUCUCUCACGGCAACCAAAUUUAAUAUCUGAUAUGUUCUUACUCUCUGGUUUUAAAAUAAAUGCAAAUCCCGCUAACAAAAACAUGCAAUUAUGAAAUUGCCUUGCUAUUACUCUAUUAGUAUUUAUAGGCGUUGGAAUCCGUUAAUUAGGCGUACGACCUCUGUCUUUUCGUUAAAAACCCAGCUUUGUUACUAUAGUUUUUCUUUGUCAUAUAAGCUAUUCAAUUUUUGUAAGAAAGUUUGAUGAAAGUUCUUUAACUACAACUGUCAAAUAAUUAUUUUACCAUACUCGUGGAAUGUGUAAACAGUUUAACAUAUUGUUUGUAUAUAUUAUCAAAUUUCUGUAUUGUUCUUGAUAUUAAUUUGAUAUCAAAUCAAUUCGGCUCGAAUUACUGUUGACAUUUAUGUAUAUUUGUUGCUUGAAAUUCUGUACAUAAAUACUGUAGGAGUGUAGGGUAUAUAUUACAGAGGUAAUUUUACUUUCGUUUUGCAACAAAAUUUAUAAAGAUUAAAGGACGUCUAGUGCGUUAACUCAUUUCAUAUUUAAAUGAGGGAACCUUUAAGCUUUAACUAAGUUAACUUUAUUUGUACUGGAUAGCUCUAUCAGUUAUAAACUGUUCUCCCUAGAGAUCCAGUAAGAGUCAUCUCUUGUUGAUCCAUUGUUACUAAAGAAGGAAACCAAAACUAAACUAACUAUAUUUUUCCUGAUAGCUCUAUCUGUUCUAUUAAAACUGUUCUUCCUAGAGAUCCAGUAAGGAUCAUCUCUUAUUGAUCCAGACUAAAUUAACUUUAUUUAUACUGGAAUAGCUCUAUCAGUUCUAAACUGUUCUCCAUAUAAAUUCAGUAAGGGUAAUUCCUUGUUGAUCCAGUGUUACUGCAAGAGGACACCUAAUCUAAACUAACGUUAUUUAUACUACUGGAUAGUUCGUUCACAAGGGUGUAGUGGACUGGAACACAGGUUAGUUCUAUCAGUUCGAAACUGUUCUGGUUUUCUUCAUUAUUGAUAAGUGUCAUUCCUUAUUGAUCCUGUAAUACUAUUGGAAGCAACUCUUUUUAAAUUAUUGAAGAAGAGUUCCUCAAUCAAUGAGUUUGACACCAGCUUACUGUAAUCUUGUUGACACAUGCAACAGGUGAUGCAACAUGUUAAUUUUUGUCACUCCUGUAGUAAUACUGGAUCAGUAAGAGAUGAUCCUUACUGAAUCUCUGAAUGAGAUCCUUACUGAACCUCUGGGGUGAACAGUUCAGAACUGAUAGGGCUAUCUAUAUCCAGAAAAAUAAAGUUAGUUUAGUUGAGGUUUCCUCCUGCAGUAACACUGGAUCAAUAAGAGAUGAUCCUUAUGCACCAGUCAAAGUAACCCCUCCCCGGGCAAAGAGAGGACUUGGUGGGGAUUUAGUGGCUUUUUGUCAUCGAAGUCUGUCCCAACCAUGUCGGGAAUUUGUUGGUUUUGUCAUUCUGCCGAAUUAUGCCGGGAGAUAAUGGGGAUUGUUAGGGGAUUGUCUGCGACCAUUUUGUACUAUUUUGUACCGUUUUGUCCAAUGGAAUCCCCAGGUUCUACCAUUUUAUACCAUGUGACAAAGGACAAAAUGGCAUGCUCUCUGGGCGUGCUCGUAAGGAAAUGAAAUCGAGAGGAAUUUUAUAAAUAUAUUAUUAAUUUCAUUUCAAUCUAUAUGUUAAUACCUGUUAAUAUGUCCAUCCAUCCAUGGAAUCUAUUGUUGUGGAAAGCCCGACAUUUGUUUGUUUAUAUUAAUAUGUUUUUAUCGUUCUUUUGAGUAUUGGAACAAAAUAUUAAUAUUUUAAAAUGUGGACGGUUUAUGCGGCGACCCGGAGAUUGUCGAGGAGAUAUUAUGCAGGAGAUAAAUUCACUCACACGACUUACAAUUUCUCCCCAGGGGGUGGGGCAUUUUUUGUCUUUUGCUAGAAAAUUUUGUCCCAUAUAUUGUGGGGCAUUUGUCUGUUUUGGUACGGUAUUCAAAACCAAUCCCCACCUAUAUCCCGGGGUGAGGGGGGUCGGGGUUUACUUUGACUGGUGCAUUACUGGACCUUUGGGAAGAACAGUUUAGAAGUGAUAGAGCUAUCCAGUAUAUGAUGAGUAUAAAUAAAGUUAGUUAAGUUUAGCUUUCCUCCUGCAGUAACUCUGGAUCAAUAAGAGAUGACUCUGACUGGACCUCUGGAGAGAACAGUUUAGAACUGAUAUGGCUAUCUAUAUCCAGUAUAAGUAAAGUUAGUUUAGAUUUCCUCCUGUAGUAACAUUGGAUUAAUAAGUGACGAUCCUUACUGGAUCUCUAUGGAAACCAGUUUCGGACUGAUAGGGCUACCAAUAAGGCUAGUUAGCAAAUUUAGUUAAGUAGUUCAUCAAAAUGCAGAGAUCAAAAUGUAAACCGGCUCAAAGAAUAGACAAAGAAUGGUGCACCUGUUACUAAUAAUUCGUCUAUAUGAAAACGCAUCGACAAUAAUUUAUAUGCAAAGUUUGUCCAGACGACAUAUCAUCACUCGCGCCAAUACUGUAAAUACCCAAACAAUAUUAAAAGCAGCAUGCUAACAAAAACAUUCUGCAUGAAUUAAAAUGGGGUUCACUUAUGAAAACAAAACAAUUCUGUAGUACGGUAGUCAAUGCGCAUAUGCCAUCAGUUUAGAUUUUAAAUUUUACGAACGUGCAUAUUAAUAAGCUUUCGUAAUAGCUUGUUGUGGCAUAUUUUGCGGGCUAUAUAAUAAUGAAUAAAUUAGCAGCUAAAAUACAAUUUUAAAGUGUUUACGUUUCUGCCGGCGUUUGUUUUAAGCAAAAUAUGUUUGCAUGAGCUGGCUUUGGGCACGUUUUUAUUAUUUUUGAACGACAGCAUGACUUUAAAAUUAAAAAAGAGAAGAUAUAUCUCUUUUGGAAAAAUAAAUGAGCUAGAAUCCAUUCUCGAAAACAUGGAAAAACAAUUCCUGUUGUGUCAGAAACUAUUGGUAUUUUAACAGUGCCAAAGUGAAUGUAAGUUUAUCUAUAUAGUUUGUUUAUCUUUUACAAACGAUAUUAGCUUUGUUUUUAUACCCAGCUAUAACUUUAUUUAUUGUGUAAACUAUUUUUCAUUCUUUUUGUCAUGUAAGAACGGUUUAGGUUUUUUCUCCAUAUAUAAACCGAGCUGAAUAUAUAAAACGAAUUGGAAAAUUAAUAGAGCAUUAUAGGCGAACUAUUAGUAAAAUAUAUGGCAUGCUAUUUUGCAAAACCUGUUCCCAGAAAUAUUGCCUUUGUUGAUAUUUAACAAAUAUAAAACAUUUUCCGUGUUGAUUGGAAAUUGGGAAAACGAGAAAUUGUUUGGAAACACGACGCCUGAACAUUGAACUAUAAGUAAAAAUAAGAACUAUAAGUUUAUUUAUAGUUCAAUGGGCCUGAAGGGCGGAGUGUUUUCACACAUAUUCGAGUUUUCCCAAUUUCCACGAGUGUUGAUAUAACUUUAUAUCAAUACGGAAAAAAUGUUUUAUAUUUGUUUUAUAAUAUAGCACAAAGAAAUAUAAAGAAAGAAAUUUUCCGACGUUUCCGUGUUGACAUUGAGUUAUAUCAACACGGCUCUUAGCCAAUCAACGUUCAGAAUUUACAAAUGGUAUAUUAUAAUAUAUAAUAAUAUAUAAUAAUGAAUGAACCGUUGGUCAGACGAACAUGAUGUAUGUUUACAGAUAUAAUCCACCGGCUAUAAUCUUCAAGAUCGGUCCAGUAAAUAUUGACAUGCUUCAUGGAUCAUGUGACAUGUCACUCGUUGAAAUGUUUCCUGAAAUUGACUGACAAUAUUCUGAGAUUUUAUCGUACAGUCGGGCGAAGACUAUAUUAGGCCUGUUUCAUACGUCGCACCAUCGUCGAAUUUGAUUUAGGCGAAUUUAAUUGAAUUAAUUAAUAGUGCAUCGUAUGAAACGAAUUAAAUUCGUCUGAUCACUGAUGAAUUAAAUUCGUCCAAGACGUUUUAAAAAAAUCCGUCAUGGUCAGACGGAUACAACGCGUCUGUAGCGCGUCUUCCUUUCAUACGACGUCGAUAAGACGAUAUGUCGUGUCGAAUUAAAUGCAUCAUUAAAGAGAUAAUCUAAUUGGCGCGGCAUGCGAGUAGCGAGUCAAUAGCGCGAGGCGCGUGUUCUGACAUUUUUGAGGGUUACCGAUCCAGUAAAUUCGAGCAAGGGAAAAAUGAAAUUUUUAACCCGAGUAAAUUGCUGUAAAGAUUGGCCAAAUCUAGUGGAAAUUGGAUUUCGUUCGAUCUACUGUAUUCUGUUUGUUGUCCGUUGUUUAAUAAUGAAAGUGUUUUAGAGAUGCUAGGUGUCUGGUCCAAGGGGCUAACGUUUCCCAAACAGGCACACAAAUGUGAGGUUUAAUUAUUAACUCAUUUGAAUACACCCAGCACUUUAACCUUUGGCUCUGACGUGUAAAAUCGUCAAGCAAUUGAGUGGUCUGGUCCAAGGCCAACGGGCUACCGUUUUCCAAACACGCACAGAAAUUUGAUUAAUUAAUUUGAUUAAUUUGACUAGUUUAAUUAACUCAUGAAUUUGCACGCACCUACCACUUUACUCUUUGAGGUGUAAAAUCGUCAAGCAAUUUGAUCACGAAAAGUAGCGGACAAUUUCUAACCAAUUAUUGACUAAGGCUUAUUGACUAGUAGCCUGGUUAACCAAUUAGCAACCAUCGCUUUAUUUUCGACGAGAAAAGUCGUAAAGCGUUCAUAAACAGAGUAAAAUACGGCACAUUCAUUGCGACAUUCAGCAAUGUUUAAAAGUCAAGUGGAAAGUGCUUAGUUCAAUGUUGCCAUAGCGCUUCGUUUCCGUGAUUGAGAAUUGGCAUUCGAACUCUUUAUUCUUUUACAAAUGAGAGUGGCAUAAGUAUAAACUCUGGAUGACAUUAUUAUAAACAACUCUUUCAUUGCCAUUGUUGUAUGUGUAUAUGCUUUUGUAAAUGUGCCAUGCACUUGUAGAAGAUAAAGAGCUCUGAAUCACGAAUAAAGGAACACCGAAUGGUUUUCCGUGGCAAGAUAGGCGGAUAGCGUCAUUCUCCAGCAGGCGAAUUUGUUUGCGCGAACAGUAGAAACGUUACCAUGCUAGCAGAAGGGAAAAGACAAAAAAAUAGGAACUGAUGCAACUUUUUCUGAUCUAACUUUGAAUUUGACAGAUCCAACUUUGAAUUUUUUCGCUGACCAAUCACAUUGCCAAGAUUUGUUUUUCGCUUCGCUUCGCGCGAACAAAUUCGCCUAGUGCAAAAUGGGCUUUAAAAAGUCGUAUACUAGUGGGGUGUUUUCUCGCUGUUCGGCAGUGAUUGGAACAAUUUUACAAUGUUACAGGUAAACUACGUGAAGCGUUCCUCUUUUGACUUCGUAACUCAUUUGGAAUUUUCCUCAUUAGCUUUGCAAAUUUGAAAAACUCUUUGCAAAUCCCUUGAGGGAAUUUGCAAUGUUCCUAUCGGCUGUUGCAAUAUUCCAAACUUCAUUUUAAUUUUUCCUAACUUCCUGUUUUAAUUUCCUAACUUCCUGUUCUGUUCUGAGCGUUGUUUUUGGUCGAUUAUUUUUGUUAGCCAAUUGCAACGCCCAGAACAGAAAAGGAAGUUAGGAACUUGUAACAGGAAGUUAAGAACUUCUAACAGGAACUGAGGAAAAUUUUAUUUGCUUUUAGCAACAUUGCAAAUUCUUUCAAGGGAUUUGCAAGGGAGUUUUUUAAAUUGCAAAAGUAAUGAGGAAAAUUGCAAUCAAUUUAGAAACUCAAAAGAGGAACGCUUCACGUAGUUUACCUGUAAUCGUUGUAUGACGGUAAAGAUUGCAUUUUAUAUAAAACAAUAUGACAGCUUGUCAAGUAUUUAGGAAGCCUUUCUUUUCGACGUUUUCCCAUUUCGUUAGUAUCCUUGGCAACGUUUCUUAGAGGAAUUUCAGAUUCAAUUUUGUGCUAAAUUUCAGUUCGUAUAUGAAUAACGCAGACGUUCAACGUGUGCACACCUAAAAACGCACAAGUUGUAACGAACCUGCAGCAGACUUGUAGCAAUGCUGUUCCAACAACUUGUCAACAGGAUGUGUUCGCACUGCUUGUUCUCAGCUUGUCGACAAGUUGCCAACGGCUUGUUUGACAACUUGCUACAAGGUUGUUGAGCGCAACAGACUUGUUACAGGUUGUUCCAACAACUUGUUAUCGUCCUGCAAUUCAACGAUUUGUCAACAAGUUGUGAGUGACAACCUUGUAGCAACUUGAUAAAAUAACAGCAUUGCUACAAUUUGUUCACAAGCUUGCUACUAUAGUCUGUUGCGAACACAUCUUGACAAGUUGUGAUAUUUUUACGUGUGUACUCGCAGCUUUAUGAUAUUAUCAGACCUCUUGCAAGGUUGUUCCAACAAGUCUGAUACAGUCAUGAUAUAACAAUAUUGUUACAACCUUGUGUCGUCAACUUUGUGACAUUCUUGUUAUAUCAUGACUGUAUCAGGCUUGUUAGAACAACCUCGAAACAAGCCUGAUAAUGCCAUAAAGCUUGUUGCAAGUUGUUAAACAGAUUGUUCCAAAACUUGUUACAACAACUGGGAACAAGCAGUGCGAACUUAACUUGUCGACAGCUUGUGAACAGAAGUUGUGACAGACUUGUAGCAACUUGUAAAGGCUGAUUUCCACUGUUGCAUUUUUCAUACGUACGUAUACGCACGUAAAACUUUAAAUCCGUUUAAAUGUUACUUAUGAAAUAACCAAAUAAAUAAAGCAACAGAAUUUAGUGUUCCGCAAGUUUUAGUAUGCAUUUAUUAAAUUAUUUGUAAAAUAUUUAAAAAAUAGAAGGAUUCAAAGUUUUACGUGCGUGUACGUGCGUAGAAAAAACGCGACAGUGGAAAUCAGCCUUAGAAGUGGGAUAAAUUUUUGACUUCAACGUUUCUAUCUUUACAGAUGCUGGUGAUAUCGCGAAAGGAAACCUCAAGUUAAUUCUGGGUCUAAUAUGGACGUUGAUCUUGAAAUAUCAAAUAUCCAUGCCCAUGGGCGACUACGAAAUCGACGAUGACGAUGGCAAGGCGGGCAAGAAGAAAGACCGUGGAAUGACCCCCAAACAAGCCUUGCUGGCGUGGGUGAAGAGCAAGAUGCCGCCGGAAAUCCCAAUGAAUAAUUUCACCACGGAUUGGAACGACGGCCGGGCCAUUGCGGCUUUGGUCGAUGCGGUAGAACCAGGACUCUUCCCUGACGUAGAUCCCGAAGAUUUGGAUCCCAAUGACGCCGUGAACAAUGCCAAGAAAGCGAUCGAGACUGCUGAGAAGUACCUUGGAGUUCCACCUGUAAGUUAGAGCUGAUUCUUCACUGGAAAAUUUGAUCCAUUUGGCUUUCUAAGUUUUCUAGAAAAUGUCCACGCUUUUUCUAGAAUAUUUUCUUACUUUAGAAGCGUGCAAAACUUCGGAAGUUGAAUUUUUCCAAUGAAACUUUUUUUGGUAUACACGUAAAAACGCACAAGUUGUUACAGAUUUGCAAACAAGUUGUUACAAGUCUGUUCAGAAGCUGUCAACAACACACAUACAAAUCUCACAGCUUAUCAACAAGAUGUGUUCGCAACAGGCUUGUAGCAAACUUGUCGACCAGUUGUAAACAAUGCUGUUAUUGUAUCAAGUUGUUACAAGGUUGUCACUCACAACUUGUUGAAAAAUUGGUGAGCAGCAGGACGAUAACAAGUUGGUGGAACAACUUGUAGCAAGUCUGUUGAGCUCAACAACCUUGUAGCAUGUUGUCAACAAGCCGUUGACAACUUGUCGACAAGCUGGGAACAAGCAGUGCGAACACAUCUUGUUGACAAGUUGUUGGAACAGCAUUGCUUCAAGUCUGCUGCAGGUUUGUUACAACUUGUGCGUUUUUACGUGUGUAACUUUGUUCGUACCGCUUGUUCCCAGUUAUUGUAACAAAGUUUGGAACAAGUUGUUAACAACUUGUAACAAGCUUGGUGGCAUUAUUAGACUUGUUACAAGGUUGUUCUAACAAGUCUGAUACAGUCAUGACAUAACACGAAUGUUACAAGUUUGACGACACAAGGUUGUAACAAUAUUGUUAUAUCAUGACUGUAUCGGACCUGUUAGAACAACCUUGCUACAAGUCUGAUAUAAUAUCAACAAGCUUGUUACGACUGUUAACAAGUUGUUCCAAACUUGUUGACAACUUGGGACAAGCAGUGCGAACACAACUUGUUGAGGGCUUGUUGGCAGACUAGCUACAAGAUGUGAGAUUACAACCUUAUGUCAUCAAACCUUGUAACAUUCUUGUUAUAUCAUGAUUGUAUCAGACUUGUUAGAACAACCUUAAGACAAAAUCAUGCCAUCAAAAUUGUUACAAGUUGUCAACAGUUCCAAACUUGUUGCAACAACUGGGAACAAGCAGUGCGAACACAACUUAUCGACAGCUUGUGAACACACCUGUAACAACUUGUGCGUUUUUGCGUGUGUACAGAUUGUCCUAUCAUACGGCAGGACUAACAAAAUAUUUGUUUUAAUCUCCCUAGGUCCUCGAUGCUGCAGAUAUGUGCAAUCCUAAGGUGGACGAAAUGAGCGUCAUGACUUAUGUUUCGUAUUUCCCCGAGGCCAAGUGCAAAGCUGGUGCCCCCCACCGACCACAGCUCCCCGCAGCAGCCAAAUGCUCAGCGGAGGGACCAGGCGUCACCCCUGAAGGCCUUGUUGCUAAGCAACCUGCCCCCUUCACCGUGUUCACCGCGGGCGCAGGCAAAGGAACUCCCCAAGUUAACGUGUUUGGACCUGAACGAAGUAACAUCACAUGUGAAGUUGUUGAUAAUGGAGACAAGACAUUCUCGUGCUUAUACUCGCCACCAGAACAAGGUAAAUCAUUGUCAAUUUAGCAAUAACAAUAACAAUUUGCGUUAUUUAUGUUUUGUGUGUUAAACCGCGCAGACAAUUAUUAACUGAUAUUUUGGAGAGCGACCUCGAGUUUUUGUGCAGUUAACAAUCAGCGCUAAUUAAGCUAAUUUUAUGCUAUCUUUUCUCAGGUAUCUACGAUAUUCAUAUCAAAUGGAAAGGUCGUCAUAUCCCUAAAAGUCCCUUCCGCGUCAAAGUGUCCUCAGAUCUGGACUCGAGCAAAUGUUACGCUGAGGGACCUGGCCUUCAAUCUGGUAUUAUUGAACAUCAAUGGACCAAUUUCACCGUGUUCACCAAAGGUGCGUGCUCAUGUUGUGUUUUUCAUGUUGGAGUUCUAAUCUUGGUUGUCCAAAUGGAACCCUAUUGAGAGGCGAUUUGUGAAUGAAGUGUUCAAAAUCUAAAAUCUUUUUGGUGUUCCUCUCAAAAUUACUUUGUUUUAGCUUUAUUUUGUAGUUUACACAAUUAGCAACUUUUUAAAUGUAUCUGGCGGCUGAGAAACACAAAGUAAUAGUUAAAUAUUGUCAAUUUUAAUACAAUUAUUAUUGAUGCUGUAAAAAUGACGCCAUAUUUAUAACAACAAUAUGGGCAAAACUUACUGAACUUCAGACAUCGUUUUCUCUUUGGCGUACCAUCUAAAAUUUCAUCAUUUUAAUCUUAGCUAUUUUACUGAUAUAAAGCACUAAACAUAAAUUUUAAGUGUGUCUUUAAGUUUAAGUGGAAAAGUAUAUUCACUUAGUUUUGAGCGCGUGUUACACGUAACAUACAAAAGAUUCUCCUCUUAAUAGAACUGCCGUCUAAAUGAAAAAUAUUAACAAAACAUUUCUGAUAAUGCCUCAUCUCAGAAUCACUGAAGAUCUGCGGUUUAAUUAAUUAACUAGCCAGCUUCGAUAUAGGAGAACAAUUUGUCAACAAGUUGUAGUGAAUUGAUAAGAUAACAGCAUUGUUCCAACUUGUUGACAAGCUCGCAUCAGUUGCGACAUUUUUAGGUGUGUAUCAGACAUUUAAGGAGAGCCAUGUUUUUCAGGUGCUGGCGAAGGAAAACUUCAUGUUGAUAUCAUCGAUCCUCAUCUGAGCAAAGUUGAGAUGAAAAUUGAGGAGAAAGGCGAAGGGGAAUACUAUGUACUGUACAAACCAAUGCUUUAUGGCAAGCAUACAAUUAACAUCAAAUUUGGUGGACUGCAUAUCAAUAAAAGUCCGUUCCAUGUUAACGUUGUAUCGUCGAAGAAGGAAGCUAUAGCUACUAAAGUUAAAGCGUAUGGACCAGGUGAGAGGGAUUUAGAGUUGAAUUACUGUUGGUUUUAUAUAGGUCUAGGGUAAGAUCUCACAUCUUGUAGCCUGCGCGCAGACUAUAUAAUGUAAUAUGUCAUUAUAUAGUCUGCGCGCAGGCUAACAUCUUGUAGCAAGCCGUAGAUUACUACCUACACUGGACCACCACAUCCGAGGUAUAUAUUUUCAGGUCGUUCAUGCAGACUGAGAAGCACGACAGCUUAUUGUAAAAUACUACCUACAAUGGACCACCACGUUUGAGAUAUCUUUUUCAGGUAGUUAGACACAAACCACGGCAGCUUAUUGCAGAAUACUACCUACACUGGACCACCACGUUUGAGAUAUCUUUUUCAGGUAGUUCAGACACAAACCACGACAGCUUAUUGUAGAAUACUACCUACACUGGACCACCACAUUUCAGAUAUCUUUUUCAGGUAGUUCAAACGCAAACCACGACAACUUAUUGUACAAUACGUAUACUACCUUCACUGGACCACCACGAUUGAGAUAUAUUUUUCAGGUAGUUCAGACACAAACCACGGCAGCUUUUUGUAGAACAUUACCUACACUGGACCACCACUUUAGAGAUAUCUUUUUCAGAUAGUUCAGACACAAACCACGACAGGUAGGGUAGACCAAAGCCCUACUGUGCUGUCAAUGUACUGAAAAUUCCUUAUCACCAACCCUAGGUCUGGAACCGAAAGGUAUAGUCGCAACAACCGAAGCAGUUUUCACCGUGGAUGGUAAAGAAGCUGGAGAUGGUGAAUUGAAAGUUGUCAUCAAGGCCCCUAAAGGAGAAAUACCAUGUGAUAUUAAAGACAAUGGCGAUGGUACCUACACGUGCACUUACAAAGCAGUUGUUGCUGGUAGACAUACCAUCAGCAUCACCUGGAGUGGGAAAGCGAUACCAAAAAGUCCUUACAGAAUUGAAGUGUCACCUUAUGUUGAUAUCACCAAGAUUAAAGCUUAUGGACCUGGUCUUGAAAAAGGUUGGACAAUAAGACUAUUUAGAGUUUCCACUGCGUAUCCAAAUGACGCUUUCCACGUCGGGACGAAUUGCAGUUCAACUAUAAAUGUAGCUCCGACUCGAAGCAUUGAAAUGUGCAACAACAGCAACACUGACAACAAGAACAACGGCAACGACAACACCAACGACAAGAACAGCAACAACGACAAGAACAGCAACAACGACAAGAACAGCAACAACAACAACAACAACAACAACAACGACAACAGCAAUCACAACUGACAGCAAUCACAACGACGACGACAACGAGACCACAACGAGACCACAACAAUAACAAACAGCGACAACACUGACAACAACAAUACCAACAAACAACAACACCGACAACAACAACAACUACAAGGACAACAAUAACGGCAAGUCGGCAACAACACCAACGACAACGACAACAACACCAACGACAACGCCAACAACAACAACAACAACAACAACAACAACAACAACAACAGCACCACCAACGACAAUACGACAACAACAACAACAACAACAACAACAACAACAACAACAACAACAACAACAACAACAACAACAACGACAACGCCGACAACAACAACAACGAUAACAACAACACCGACAACAACACCGACAACAACACCUACAACAACACCGACAACAACACCGACAACAACACCGACAACGACAACACCGGCAAGAACAACCACAACAAAAACAGUAACACCACCACCACCACCACCAAAUUACUGCAUGUACAUCAUGCACGCGUACCUAAUACCGUUUUAAUAAUACCUAUAUUUUUCAGGUGUUGCAGGUCAGCCGUGUAAAUUCACAGUCGAAACGAACGGAGCUGCGGUAGACACCCUGGGAUUUGCAGUGGAAGGACCUCACCAGGCCGAAAUUAAAUGCCGAGACCUAGGCAAUGGAAAAUGCGAGGUCAUUUACUAUCCCACCAAACCUGGGGAAUAUACGGUACAUGUGACAUGUAAUGGUAAGGAUAUCCCCAAAAGUCCCUUCACAGUACCUAUCACCCCUGGAGGAGAUGCGAACAAGUGUUAUGCCGAGGGACCUGGGUUGGAGCCAGACGGUCUUGUGGCAGGUAAAUAGGAACUAAGAGAUUUUGUAGACUAAAAUAAUGCAAUCUACAGUUUUGCCUUUGUGGAGAUUUACAGCUAUAACAAGCUUGAUGACAUCAGACUGUUACAAAGUUGUUCUAACAAUCUAACAAGUCUGAUACAGUCAUGUGAUGAUAUAACAAGAAUGUUACAAGGUUGACGACACAAGGUUGUCACAAUAUUGUUAUAUCACGAAUGUAUCGGACUUGUUGGAACAACCUUGCUACAAGUUUGAUAAUAUCAACAAGGUUGUUGCAAGCUGUUAACAAGUUGUAACAAGCUUUAUGGCAUUAUCAGACUUGUUACAAGGUUGGUCUAACAAGUCUGAUACAGUCAUGAUAUAACAAUAUUGUUACAAGGUUGACGACACCAGGUUGUAACAUCACGACUGUAUCGGACUUGUUGGAAGCAAAUCUGAUGGCAUUAUCAGACUUGUUACAAGGUGGUUGGUCUAACAAGUCUGAUACAAUAGAAGGUUGUAACAAUAUUGUUAUAUCAUGACUGCAUUGGACUUGCUGGAACAACCUUGCAACAAGUCUGAUAAUGUCAUACUUGUUGACAACUUGGGACAACCAGUGCGAACACAACUUGUUGACGGCUUGUUGGCAGACAGCAACAAGAUGUGAGAUUUUUCCGUGUGUGUAACUCAUUACUCUAUUUCUCUUCGUAGGCGUGCCAGCACUGUUCACUGUCUAUACAAAGGGUGCAGGAGUUGGCGAAGUCGAGGUCACAGUGAAAGACGACAAGACUGGACGAAGCAUCCCAGUUGAGAUACUGGACAACAAAGACGGUACCACAUCUGUGGUCUAUCACCCUGACAAACCCGGCAAAUACACGAUUACUAUCUCUUUCAACGGCAAACCAAUACCUAAGAGUCCAUUCAAAGUGAACAUAAGUCUGAACAAUCCCGCCAAAUGCAAAGCAUUCGGGCCAGGCCUCGAGAAAUCGACCGUCGGCCAACCUGCAAAGUUUACCAUCGAAACGAAAGAUGCGGGUGAAGGGGGACUGGGUCUGACUAUUGAGGGACCCACAGAGACUAAGAUUGAUUGUAAGGAUAAUGGAGAUGGAUCCUGUGAUGUCACCUAUUUUCCCGAAGAACCUGGGGAUCAUCUCAUUAAUAUUCUUUUCGCUGAUAAGCAUAUUCCUGGCAGUCCGUUCAAAGCUAAAGCCUCGUUCCCAGUUGACGCGUCUAAAGGUAGGUUUAUAUGGCUUUUUUUCGAAUUAAAUAAUUGUAUUCAAUCUGGAUAGUUCUAUCGAUCAGUUCCAAACUGUUCUCUCUAGAGGUCGAGAAAAGGAUCACCUCUUAUUGAUCCAGUGUCACUACAAGAGGAAACCUAAACUAUACUAACUUUAUUUAUACUGAAUAGCUCUAUCAGUUCUAAACUGUUCUCCCUAGAGGUCCAGUAAUGAUCAUCUCUUAUUGAUCCAGUGUUACUACAGGGAGGAAACGCAAACUAAACUAACUGAUGUUCAUAACUUUGACACAGAAUAACUAUUUGUUGUAGUUGUGAUUGGUGGUCCGGGGCUGGAACCCGGUGUGAAGGCAGGUUUACCUGCAGAUAUAGAUAUCGAUGCAACCAAGGCAGGAGACGCACCACUUGAAGUCGAGGUCCUGAACCCACAAAAUAAGAAAGUGAAGGUGGAAAUUGACGAGGAAGAACCAGGAAUAUUCGCUGCUACAUAUUAUCCCGAGAAACCAGGUAGGAAUACGACAGAUGUAGGCGAAAAUGCCGUUUAAUCAUAUACACAGUGAUGAUGAUGAGCACAACUUAGUAAAAAAAGUACAGAGUUUGUAAAAAAAAGUGGUCCAACUUUGGCAGCAUGUUAUCAUGCAUUAUAUAUUACGUAUGUCCAUUUAAUUUUUCAUAUCAAUACAGACUGAUGGCCCUCUCUAAGCUAUACAAUAAUAAAUAAAUAAAUCUACCAAAUUUGUACAAAUGCGAAUGUGUAAGACACAUUCACUAAACCGCCCUAAAUGAUACAUUUCAUGUUUUCUUUCAAUCUUCACAGGCAAGCACACAGUGAAUGUCAAAUACGGAGGCAAGCAUGUUCCUAAAAGUCCCGUUAAGAUCGACGUGAAACCGAAAGCUGAUGCGAGCAAAUGUAAACUGAAAGGGCCUGGAUUAGAGUCACCUGUUGUGAAGGAACCAACCAGCUUUGAUGUGGACUGUAAACGUGCAGGUAAAUAACAUGAAGUAUUUUCACGUUGUCCGAAAGCCGAUUGGGGUUCCUUAACAAUUUAAAAUAAAUGAAUGAUAUUUGGUGAAAAAAUUGAACUUUAUGUUUAUGCAAAUUAUGCUGAUUUUGUACAAACUCCUUCACGCUCAUGAUUUCUUUUGUGUAUUACGAGUUUCGUAAAACGCGUAAUAAUUCAUGAAGAAAAUUCAAAUGAAAUCAAUUUUUAAUUAGGUGUACAAAAUUCUCUUGAUUUGUAUAAACUUUCUCCUCGAUUUUCUCAAUUAAAAUCUCUUUUUAAAAAAUAAUUUCUUAAAAACGCAACUGUUGAAAUCCUUACGAUUCACUUGUAACAAGCUUGAUGGCAUUAUCAGACUUGUGACAAGGUUGUUCUAACAAGUCUGAUACAGUCAUGAUAUACAAGAAUCUGAAGAAUGUUACAAGUUUGAUGACACAAGGUUGUAACAAUAUUAUUAUUAAUAUCAAUCAUGAUUGUAUCGGACUUGUUGGAACAACCUCGCAACAAGUCUGAUAAUAUCAACAAGCUUGUCACGACCGUUAACAAAUUGUAACAAGCUUGUUGAUAUUAUCAGACUUGUAGCAAGGUUGUUCUAACAAGUCUGAUACAGUCAUGAUAUAACAAGAAUGUUAGAGGGUUGACGACACAAGGUUGUAACAAUAUUUGUUAUAUCAUGACUGUAUCGAACUUGUUGGAACAACCUUGCUACAAGUCUGAUAAUAUCAACAAGCUUGUUACAAGCUGUUUAAACAACUUGUACAAUAUUGUUUUAUCAUGACUGUAUCGGACUUGUUGGAACAACCUUGCAACAAGUCUGAUAACAUCAACAAGGUUGUUACAAAUUGUUAACAGCUUGUUCCAAACUUGUUGACGGCUUGUUGGCAGACUUGCUACAAGAUGUGAGAUUUUUGCGUGUCUAAAUCAGUCGCUAAGUUAAUAAUUAACAUUCACACAAGUUGAACUUGCAAUAAUCUUUAUUCUAUAUUUCUAACUAGGCGAAGGAGAUCUUGCUCCAACAAUCACAAGUCCUUCAGGAGAGAAAGUCGAACCAACCGUGAAGGACAAUGGAGAUGGUACAUAUGCCGUAGGGUACACGCCCACGGAAGAGGGACCCCACAAAGUUGAUGUGAAAUAUGACGGAGACUCGAUCCCGGGUACGCCCAAGGAAGUCAAUGUCUUGCCAAAAACGGAUACAGGAAAAGUGAAAGCUUACGGUCCAGGACUUGAGAGUGCUCUUACUGGACAAAAGGCGCAGUUUACAGUCGACACUCGUGAAGCAGGUAUGGUAGAAGUAAUGAUACUUUUUUGUUUGCAAUGACGUAAUUUGGGGAUUUCAGUUGACGGACAGGUGUAACAAACAGGCUAUUUUAAUGUAUUGAUCGAGUUUACAGACAGUUUAAAGCCGGUUUUCCACUUCAAGCGUACCGAAACGUAUCAAAAACGCUUUUAAAUUUCAAAAUUUCGUUAAUGUUGAUUGGUUAGUACUUCCGUAGUACGCCAAAAAGUUGACUUGCGACGAACCUUUUAUUUUGAUACGCGAAUACACUCGGAAGUACGUGGAUUUAUAAACCUCUUUUCAGUCUGCGCAUGCUCAUCAUUACGUUUCGGUACGAUACAGGCGAAGUGGAAAACCGGCUUAAGACUCGAGAGAUGAAUUACCGUUCAGUUUUUCUUGCUACAACCAUUCUGAUAGGAGAAAAGGUUGUUUGAUUUGCCUGUCAUUUGGAUGAAAAAUCACGUGAUUGCAAACAAAUAAUUAUUAAAUGACAUGGCGAUGAAAACGGAGCGCUUGGCGGCUUCGGGUGGACACAAACGCCGUUACUUUUUGUACCGCUUGCAAACCAAGCAUCUCAGCUCUCAAAACAAUAAAUUCGAAUGCUUUUCGUGGAAAUUUCUUUGCUCUAUUUGAGAUAUUUUGGGUCUGCAACCGAGUUGUUACAAAUAUGUUCACAAGCUGCAACAAGUUGUGUUCGCACUGCUUGUUCCCAGUUGUUGUAACAAGUUUGGAAAAAGCUGUUAACAACUUGUAACAAGCUUGAUGGCAUUAUCAGACUUGUUACAAGGUUGUUCUAACAUGUCUGAUACAGUCAUGAUAUAACAAGAAUGUUACAAGGUUGACGACACAAGGUUGUAACAAUAUUGUUAUAUCAUGACCGUAUCGAUCUUGUUGGAACAACCUUGCAACAAGUCUGAUAAUAUCAACAAGGUUGUUACAAGUUUUUAACAGUUUGUUCCAAACUUGUUGACAACUUGGGACAAGCAGUGCGAAGACAACUUGUUAGCAGACUUUCUACAAGAUGUGAGACUAUUGCGUAUGUAGUGUUAACGUAGUCUAAUACUUGUAUCGUAUAGGUCCCGGCGGUUUGAGCCUAGCGGUAGAAGGACCCUCGGAAGCAAAACUCGUAUGCAAAGACAACAAGGAUGGCACUUGCUCUGCUACGUACGUACCAGAGGAAUCGGGAGAGUAUGACGUUCACGUGAAAUUUGCUGAUGAGCACGUGCCCGGCAGUCCGUUCAAGGUGAAAGCUACGAGACCUGUGGACGCGAGCAAGGUGAAAUGCUUUGGGCCCGGUGUCGAUAAAGCACCGCUGUUCGAAAGCGCGCCGACGCACUUCACAGUGGACACGGCAGAAGCUGGUGACGCACCUCUGGAUGUUGUGAUAGAAACGCCUGACAGAAAGAAGAUUAAACCUGAUGAAGUUAAGAAGGUCGAUGAUAAUACCUAUGAAGUUCAGUACACACCACCCAAAGAAGGUGAGGGAAUUAAUUAAAUUUCACAUAUAAAAACACAUCCACAACGUAAUUUACUUGAUGCAGAUUAUGUUGGCUACACCAAUCAACACUUACAGUAUAUCAGAGCAUUGAUGAACAUAAGGGCUCGGUAAUAGAUAUGCAUAUGCGUUAAAACCACGGGGUUGAUGCAUACCAUAUUGAAAGUUGUUUUUCAGUUUUUCGGCUACCUCCUUUUUGAAAUUCACUACACAAAGAAACUUUGCCCAUCUUUGAAGACACGAUCGGACUCGAUUCGUUCAAAACCAUUUUCGUGACAUUUAAUUAGGACAUUUGUUGCUGUUUUUUGUAACAAACCUACAGCAGACUUGUAGCAAUGCUGUUCCAACAACUUGUCAACAGGAUGUGUUCGCAUUGCUUGUUCCCAGCUUGUUGACAAGUUGUCAACGGCUUGUUGACAACUCACCGCAAGGUUGUUGAACUCAACAGACUUGUCACAAGUUCUUCCAGCAACAUUUAUUUUAUCGUCAUGCAAUUCAACAAUUUGUCAACAAGUUGUUAGUCGUAACCUUGUAGCAACUUGACAAAAUAACAGCAUUGUUACAACUUGUUGACAAGCUUGCUAGAAACCUGUUGCGAACACAUCUUGUUGACAAAUUCCAAAAAAAUGCUAUAAAACCGUGGCUAGAAUUUGACCGCUAUCCUUUACAGCCACGGUAAUAAAGUUCAUACCUCUGGUUACACACAUAAAAUCUGUUCACAAGAUGUCAACAACUUGUGUUCGCAUUUCAUGUUCCGAGUUGUUAUAACACGUUAGGAAGAAGCUGUUAACAACUUGUAACAAGCUUGAUGGUAUUAUCAGACUUGUAGCAAAGUUGUCCUAACAAAGUCUGAUACAGUCAUGAUAUAACCAGUAUGUUACAAGGUUGUUCUAACAAGUCUGAUACUGUCAUGAUAUAACAAGUAUGUUACAAGGUUGAUGACACAAGGUUGUGGCAGUAUUGUUAUAUCAUGACUGUAUCGGUCUGAUAAUAUCAAGUCUGAUAAUAUGAUCAAGAAGGUUGUUACAAGUUGUUAACAGCUUGUUCCAAACUUAUUGACAACUUGGGACAAGCAGUGUGAACACGACUUGUCGACGGCUGAUUGUCAGACUUGCUACAAGAUGUGAGAUUUUUACGCCUGUACAGUACUGCAUACCGCAUUUUUAUAAUAAUUCACGUUCUCGUUUUCCUCAGGUCGCUAUGCAGUGGAUGUGAAGUACGGUGGCAAGCCAGUGGCUGACAGUCCAUUCAGAGUGCGCGCUGGUCCACCAUACGACGCCAGCAAGGUGAAGGUCAGCGGUCCAGGUGUCGAGAAGACUGGCAUAGUAGCAGAGGAGGUCACCAAGGCUUUGGUUGAUACAACUGAGGCUGGUAUUGCUGAUCUAUCAGGUUUGUUGAAUAUGAUAACUUGAUUAUUCCUUCGAGGUUGUGUUCGCACUGCUUGUUCCCAGUUGUUGUAAUCAGUGUGGAUAAUAACAAUUUCGCUUCGGUCUGACAAAUGUCCGAUCAACUGUGCGGUUGCUCGGUCAUUGGCUAAUAAUGAUUGGCCAGCUUUUUAAAAUUUACAUUCAAUUGACAAGCUAUCAAUUGCUAUAAAUUUGAUAGCUCGUGCUGAUCACUUCUCGCAUCAUCAAUCACAUAUUCUGUAUAUUGUCUAGUACCAUAAGCUUGUGAUGUGAUUUUGUUGCUUGUCACAGCAAAGCCGAGAAAAUAUUUCCUCUCGCUUUUAUGCUUUAUGAACAGUACUGUACUGUACUAGUCAAAUAAUAUACCUUUCAUUGAAGUGAAAACUGCCUAUUUUAUUUGCUCGGUCAAAAUGUCGGUGCAAAAUAAGAUUAAUCGGCCAUUUAGUGUUUUUGUUCGGCAAAUAGCCUAUUGCCAACCGUUAUAAUCCACACUGGUUGUAAGUUUGUAACAAGCUGUUAACAACUUGUAACAAGCUUGAUGGCAUUAUCAGACUUGUUUCUCAAGGUUGUUCUAACAAGUCUGAUACAGUCAUGAUAUAACAAGAAUGUUACAAAGUUGACGACACAAGGUUGUAACAAUGUUGUUAUAUCAUGGCUGUAUCGAACUUGUUGGAACAACGUUGCAACAAGUCUGAUAAUAUCAACAAAGUUGUUACAAAUUGUUAACAGCUUGUUCCAAACUUGUUGAAAACUUGGGACAAGCAAUGCGAACACAAGUUGUUGACGGCUUGUUGGCAGACUUGCUACAAAAUGUGAGAUUUUUGCGUGUGUGCGACAAGUCUGUUUGUUCUAUAUAGUACGUAUUAAACAAAAGCGUUUCUAUUAAUUAAUUUUAGAUAUAUUAUACUUUCUUUUUUCACGUAGCCAUUUUGGAGACUCCUUCGGGCAAGAAAGUUGAACCGACCAUCACUCCAGUGCCAGACGAGCCUGGCAAGUACGAGAUCGCGUACGUACCCGAGGAGACUGGUAACCACAAGCUGAACGUGAAGUAUGGCAAAGAUCAGGUGAAAGAUAGUCCAUUCCGUGUUAAGGUGGCUCCGGGUGGUGAUGCUAGCAAGGUCAAGGUGAGCGGAGAGGGAAUCGAGAAACCACGUGUUGGACAGUUGGUGGAUAUCAUCUUCGAUACAACUGAAGCUGGCAACGGUACGUUGGAUCACUUGGAUGUUUUUCGUAGAUGGGUUUCUUGCCGUACCACAUAUAGACUUGCUCCAAGUCUCUCUUUCAUUGUCAUAUAGUAUCGAUUCACUAUAGUGUACAUUACAUGACGUAGCACGGAGAGGCGGAGCGAGAAAGAGAGACUUGUCAACUUCGGAAAAUCUCGGUUCAAAACUUGCUUUAAUUGUUUUCCUUCAAUUUCUUUCUGUAUUAUUUACUAUAAUGGAACUCGUGUUAUCUACACUGUGCUAGAUCAAUACAUAUAAACACUCACAGAAAGCAAUUAAAGCAAAUCUUGCAUUUUCGGUUCAGUUUUGAACCGAGAUUUUCCGAAGUUGACAAGUCUCUCUUUCUCUCUCCGCCCCUCCGUACUACGUCAUGUAAUGUACACCAUAGUGGAUCGAUACGAUAUGAGUCAUAUGACAAUGAAAGAGAGACUUGGAGCAAAUCUAUACCACAUAUCGACUAUGGGCUGUAUAAACUUGUGCCAAAUAAACAGCGCUAUUGGCACAAGGAUACACGUUAUUCACACCAUAGUUCUGACUUAAAAAUAUAUCUAGAAUAAACCACUUUAGUAUUUUUGCACAAGUGAACAUAACAAAUCCUACAAGUUGAUUGGUCAAAUUUGACGUAUUAAGCUGUUUUAUUAUAUGGCUUUUCAAAAUUCUCUAUUCUGAUUGGUUGACAAGCGGUCCGUAAAAACCCAUAUCCGGACCGUGGUCCGUAUUUUCCGUAUCUGGACCGGUGUCCCGGAUGUCGUUUAUCUGGCGGGAAAUUUUUGCUUUGCAAACAGAAAAAAUUUUUGCUUUUUAAUUUUCCAAUUGUGUGUCAUUAAAAUUAAUAGAUAAAAAUUUCAAACAACCAAAUUGUUUUUGAUUGAGCAUGCAUGCCUACCGUAUGUUGUUACCAAAUGAAACUGACGAUAGCCGAUUUAAUUCGCGCAAAAAGCAUAUGCUCACAGACUCAGUUCAGCCAUAUAAUAAACCGAUUAUUGACCUCGCUUGUUCGGUCUGUACUGUGAAAUGUCAGACCUGUUUUUUGCAUGGACCUCGCUCCUUUGUCGCUCGGUCCAUACUAAAAAACCUCGGUCUGAUAUUUCACAGUACAGACCUCACGCUCGGUCAAUAAGCCGUUAUUAUUCACCAACAGGUGAAUAUAACAAAACCAAAAUUUACAAAAUGGCGGCUAUCCGUUUUGUGGAAGUUACUGAUAAAGAAAUAAGCGAAAUUAUUAAUUAAAAUAAAAGGCCGAGUUGUCGAAUUGUUUUAGUUUCGAUAAAUAUUUAAUCGGCAUGGUUUUUAACCAAUCAGAAUCGAGUAAAUUGACUAAAAUGUUAUUAAUAUAUAAAUACCCUCUCAAAAUAUAUUUUAUUAUUAUGUAACGGUCAAUAAGCAAUUAGCCUCAAACCAGUAUGAUUUAUUUUCCAGGCAAACCACGUUGUUCCAUCAAAUCCCCGUCCGGAAAAGAUGUUCCUGUGAACAUGAUAGACAAUGGCGAUGGUACUUACACAUGCCAAUGGACUCCAACGGAAGAAGGUGUACAUAACGUCGACGUCACGUACGGCGGCGAGCCCGUCCGAGGAUCACCAUUUAAGGUCAAAGCCGUGAAGCCACCGGAAAUUGAAAAAAUCAAGUCGAAUGUAAUGGAAGAAGUAGAAUCACUUAACCCAUGUGUGGACCAACCACUCGAGUUCGGAGUCGAUCCCAGGGACGCGGAGCCCGAAGGGGGUAAGGGAAAGCUUGCGUCAUCAAUUGUGACGCCAUCAGGGAAGACAGAGUACCCGGAUGUCCGGGCGAACCCCGACGAUACCUAUGCAGUGACGUAUACACCCAAAGAACCCGGUAUCUACUCCCUCAGUAUCAUGUACGACGAAGAAGCAAUUCCUGGCAGCCCAUUCCAAUUUGAAGUUGUUGAAGGCGGACCGGAGAGAGUUGUUGCUUUUGGAAAAGGUUUGUUUUUCAAAUUUCAGAGAAGCGCACAAUGAAGCCGUGCAGGGCUCGAAAUAGCGGGCUGCCAAUGGCCAAAAGCUGGCCAUAUUUUAGAAAUGGCUGGCUAAAACAAAUUUGAAUUGCCAAGUCAAAAAAAAAUGGCAGGUGAAAUUCUAUAGAUAUAUUUCAUUUCAUUUACUCACCACAACUCAUACAUACUAGAUCAUUUAGUUGACUAAAUAUAUUUGAAAAGUAAAUCCAAGUUUACUGUAGUAAAGUGGACAAGUUUGAAAAUAAUAAAAAUGCAUAUCAUGAAAACAUUGAUUUUUACAAUAAGACUCAUAUGAGACAUCGCCAUUUUGGCAGUUCAAUGAAUAAAAUGGCAGGCUAAAAUUUAUUUCACCUGCCAAAAAAUUUUAGACUGGCCGGCUAUACUUUUUUCUACUUCGAGCCCUGAUAUUAGCGGUGAGUUUAGGGGGCAUAAAAUAGACAAUGCUUGUAUGCAUUUGCCCGAUAUUAAGGCCUGAUUCCUCGGGCGCUUUUUCUCGGCGAAAUGCGAAAUAUUUCGCCUGUUUCUUUUGAAUUGUGGGCAAUCAAGUAGAAAUAAUUUAUUCUAGUGGUCGCAAUUGAAAAGAAACAGGCGAAAUAUUUCGCAUUUCGCCGAGAAAAAGCGCCCGUGGAAUCAGGCCUUUAGGCAGCUUUCAUACUCCAAAAAUCUAGAUACAGCUAUUUCAAUUAAACCUAGUUCACACAAGCAAUUUUGUUGGCGAUGUUGUGUUUCUGACGGAUGCAAAUGAGUGAACUUAUUGCUAGUAUGAACCAAGCAUUAAGGUUAUCACAGUCGAGUGGUGUGUACUCCAUAAAAAUAAUAGACAUAGAAUGCGUACUCCUAUCUUUUCUCAGUAAAAAUUUUGUAAAUUAUCUAUUAACUCUCGGUGUACUCCAAUCGCGAACAGCAAGAUGACUAUAAAAAUUUAAUACUUUUAGCUGUUUAGGUUGGCAAUUGCCAGUAAUAUAUGCAUGAUUUAUAAUGCAUUGUCUUUCCAUUAUGCCUUUGUCUCUUGGAAUGUACAUUUGACUAUUGAUCGUGACAAGCUUAAUUAGAAUAGCCGUAUAUAAUAUAUGACCGCUCUGUUUCGUAGGGGGUUAACGUAUGAGGAUGACCGUCCUCUGUUUCACGUGUUUUAUGUUAAUUUCCAGGUCUUGAACGUGGCAUUGUUGAAGAGCCAUGCGAGUUUACCGUCAUCACAAAGGAUGCUGGACCGGGUGGUCUGUCUCUGGCUGUCGAGGGACCAAGCAAGGCUGAGAUACAAUGUGUGGAUAAUGGUGAUGGUUCCUGCUCUGUCUCCUAUGUACCUAAAGAACCUGGUAAGUCCCUUUUCUAAUGAACCUUUGGAGAGAACAGUUUAGAACUGAUAGAGCUAUCCAGUAUAAAUAAAGUUAGUUUAAUUUAGGUUUCCUCCUGUAGUAACACUGGAUCAAUAAGAGAUGAUCCUUAAUGGACUUCUAGGAAGAACAGUUUGUAACUGAUAGAGCUAUCCAGUAUAAUAAAGUUAGUUUGGUUUUAGUUUUAUUUAUAAUUUCAUUCCCUCUCUUUUUCAGGUGAAUACAAUGUUGUAGUGAAGUUCGCAGACAAAGACAUCCCAGGAAGUCCGUUCGCAGCCGAGAUCUUCCCGAAGGGCACCGAUCUAGGCGACGUGAAACGAGAACGCCCGGUCGUAGGCAAACCAUGUGAUGUCAAACUCGAUAUCCCGGAUGUUGAUGUUGAACGUGACUUUGAUGACCUCACGGGCACACUGAGGAGGCCUGGAAGCAACAAGGAAGAACCAGUUGAGUUGAGCAAGAAUCCUGAUGGAACCGUCGGUGUCACGUUUACCCCCUACGAACCAGGUGUGUACCUGUUUGUCCAUACUUACACAGUAUAAUUGCACUUUACGUAUCACGAAGAACUCACUGUUGAGUUUUAACUUAACUUUGAGCUUAAAAGCAUGGUUAGAUCAUACAGAGGUAGUACAUAAUCUUGAAUGUGGGCUGCCUUAAAGUGAUCUGAUGUUGUACAGAACUCACUGCUGAGUUAAACAUGGUUAAAAACCUGCAGCAGACUUGUAACAAUGUUAUUCCAACAGCUUGUCAACAGGAUGUAUUCGCACUGCUUAUUCCCAGCUUGUUGACAAGUUGUCAACAACUCGCUACGAGGUUAUUGAGCUCACAGACUUGUUACAAGUUGUUCCAACAACUUGUUAUCGUCCUGCAAUUCAACAAUUUGUCAAUAAGUUGUGACUGACAACCUUGUAGCAACUUGAUAAAAUAACAACAUUGUUACAACUUGUUGACAAGCUUGCUGCAAGCCUUUUGCGAACACUUCUUAUUGACAAGUUGUGAGAUUUUUACAGAACAAGGUCUAUUCUCGUAAAUAUUCUUGUAAAUUCUUAUGUCCAUUCCAAUUCUAUUUCCAGGUGAACAUUUAAUCAGCAUCAAGAAAAGAGGCAAACAUGUUCAAAACAGUCCAUUCAGCGUUAUGGUCCAGGCCCCACGUCUUGGCGACCUGUUCUCGUCUGGCCACCCUGCUGAAGUAGACCUCAGCAACGUCAAAGGCUUGAACCCGGAGGACUUCGACAAACUCACGGCGACGCUACGCCGACCAAAAAGCAAAGUUGACGAGAGUGUUCGACUUAUUAAAUACCCUGAUGAUGCUAUAGGCGUUUCAUUCGUGCCCCGUGAACCAGGAGAACAUUUCCUGACAGUAAAGAAGGAUGGUCAUCCCAUUCCCGGCAGUCCUUUCUCGAUCUUAGUUGAAUCUGAAGAACCAAUAAAUGCCGUCAGCGCUCCAGUAGAUGCUGUCCUUGACCUGCCCGGCCUGAACAUGCCCGAUGAUUUCAGGAAACUCAAAGGUAUUUCCAGCUCUCACCUUGUACUUUGAUUCAGCCAGUGUUAUAAGUUGCACCCGUAUGACAUCUCAGUGAAUAUAUUGCAGUCGAAAAAUCGUCUCGUGUUACACACGUAAAAACGCACAAGUUGUUACAAAUCUGUUCACAAGCUGUCGACGAGUUGUGUUCGCACUGCUUGUACACAAGGUUGUAACAAUAUUGUUAUAUCAUGACUGUAUCAGACUUGUUGGAACAACCUUGCUACAAGUAAUAUUAACGAGAUUGUUAUAUAAUACAAGCUGUUAACGACUUGUAACAAGCUUGAUGCCAUUAUCAGACUUGCUACAAGUUUAUUCUAACAAGUCUGAUACAGUCGUGAUAUAACAAGAGUAUUACAAUUUUGACGACACAAGGUUGUCACAAUAUUGUUAUAUCAUGAUUGUAUGGAACUUGUUGGGACAACCUUCCUACAAGUCUAAUAAUAUCAACAAACUUGUUACAAGCUGUUAGCAACUUGUUCCAUACUCGUUGACAACUUGGGACAAGCAGUGCGAACACAAGCUGUUGACGGCUUCAUGGCAGACUUGCUACAAGAUGUGAGAUUUUUACGCGUGUAGGUAUUAACUCUGUUCAUAAUUUCAUUCCUAACGUGUCAUGUUCUUGUUAAUUCCAGGUACCCUCAAACGUCCUUCCUCAAACGAAGAAGAACCCUUACAGCUCGUGCUCAACUCAGAUAAUUCCCUAUCAGUGUCAUUCAUCCCUCACGAAACUGGCAAACAUUUAGUUGGUGUGAAGAAAUUCAACCGUCAUGUCAACGGCAGUCCAAUCCCUGUGAUGGUGACAUCCCCCGAACCUGUGAACCGUUCUGGAGUGCCCUGUGGAGUGGGACUCGAGGACAUCCCCGUUGAAGACCUACCCAAGCUUGAAGCCGGACUCCAACGUCCCGGAUCCAAUGUCGAAGAACCAAUAAGAAUUAAGCAAAACUCCGACAAUACGCUAUCCGCGUCCUUCGUACCUCAUGAGGAAGGCCCACACAAGCUUCAUGUACGCAAAGACAAGAAGCCAUUGCCACAGAGUCCGUACAUUGUGGAUGUUCUGGGAAAAGACAAGGUCGAAGAGGUUCAUCCCGUUGGACGAACUUGCGAUGUCGGAUUGGAUAUUCCUGGCUUGGUUCUUCCCGAAGAUUUUGAUAAACUUGAAGCGACGAUCCAGAGGCCGAACAGCGACAAAGAGGAACCAUUGAAUCUUGAAUUAUAUUCCGAUAACACUCUUGGUAAGUCAAAAUUGUUACUUGCACACGUAAAAACGCACAAGUUUUUACAGGCCUGCAAACAAGUUGUUACAAAUCUGUUCACAAGCUGUCGACAAGGGCAUGUAGUAAAACACUGACUACCGGAACACCACCGGAACACCACCAUUUUGUUUGGGGUUAGGGUUUGGGGUUAGGGUUGGGGGUUAGGGUUGGGGUUAGGGUUAGGGUUAGGGUUGGGGUUAGGGUUAGGGUUAGGUGGUGUUCCGGUGGUGUUCCGGUAGUCAGUGUUUUACUACAUGCCGUCGACAAGUUGUGUUCGCACUGCUUGUUCCCAGUUGUUGUAACAAGUUUGGAACAAGCUGCUAACAACUUGUAACAAGCUUGAUGGCAUUAUCAUACUUGUUACAAGGUUGUUCUAACAAAUCUGAUACAGUCAUGAUAUAACAAGAAUGUUAUAAGGUUUACGACACAAGGUUGUAACAAUAUUGUUAUAUCAUGACCGUGUCGGACUUGUUGGAAUAACCUUGCAACAAGUCUGAUAAUAUCAACGAGCAGGGGUUUUUUCAGGGAUUUUUAGGGCCGUUAAACGGCCCCCAAAACUCAAUCUUGAAUUGAGUUUUGAAACUCAAUCUUCUCACCAAAGUUUCAGUGCAGUAAAAAUGAAGUUGUUUGAGUUAAAUUCGUGACGUGUGGAAAUUAAUUUUCAGUUGGAAACCCGACAAUUAAGAAAAAAUGGCUGGAAUUUAUCUCACAACACAAGAAAAACUAUGCAUUCGCCAUCUUUAACCAGUUUAUAUUGUCCCUUAGGCCCCGUUUACAUGAGACCGGGACGAAGUCAAACCGGAAUGAAAAUUGAAAUUGUCAACAUGUUUACAUGAGACCGGUACGAGGAUCACAAAAUCUUCAAUUUAUUCCCCUUGCCAGGCAAUUUUCUUUUUCAGGUGGCUUUUGCUAGCAUGUGUUGUUCCAAUGUCAAGAUUACAGCCGAGAUCGGUCUGAAAUGUAUUUGUGUUUACAUUCAUCCCGGUCUGAAUUCAUGCCGGUCUGAAGUCAGUCGGUUCGGUUUAGAAGGCGGAAUGACUUGAGACCGGUCUGAGUUAUUUUCGUCCCGGUCUCAUGUAAACAUCUAUUAUAGAUAAUACUAUGACCGAAACGAGAUGGUCCCGGUUUGACUUCGUUCCGGUCUCAUGUAAACGGGGCCUUAGUGCCCCUGCUUUAACACAUUCCGUCUCAACUACAUUUAUUGAGUACAGGUGUCAGCCCCCUGGUAGGGGGGUAGGGGGUGGGGGGGGGUGCAGCCACCCCAGCUGUUCAGCUAAACUCAAUCUUCUCUGCAAAAACGGACCCAAGAGAAAAUCCGGAAAAAACCCUGACGAGGUUGUUACAAUUGUCAUAAGUUGUUCCAUACUUGUUGACAAAUUGGGACAAGCAGUGCGAACACAAAUUAUUAACAGCUCGUUGGCAGACUUGCUACAAGAUGCGAGAUUUUCUGAAUCCUACCAAAAUUUGUUUCUUAAAUAAUUUGUAACUUUUCAGGCAUUUCCUUCGUCCCGUUGGAACCAGGCGAGCAUCUGCUCCGUGUGAAGAAAUCUGGGGAGGACGUUCCCGGCAGUCCUUUCGCCGUGAUGGUGGAAGCCGCUGAAGCACCGAACGCGGUCGGCCGACCAUGUGACCUCCAGCUUGACAUCCCCGAACUAAACCUGCCCGACGACCUACCGAAAUUGAAGUCCACAUUACGACGACCUGGUUCAGAUGUAGAGGAGCCAAUCAAAUUGAAAGUUUUGUCUGAUAACACCCUCAGCGCUUCGUUCGUUCCCAAAUCUCCUGGUGAACACUUGAUCACGGUCAAGAAGAACAACCGUCACGUGACCGGAAGUCCAUUCCCUGUCAUGGUAACCGCUGCCGAGCCUGCAAACAGGUACAUAUAAAAAUAACUGAUCUCAGAAUUUGAAGUGGAUAGCACGAUAGCAUUUAUGCAUGACGACCCAGGGCUUCUGCGUCCUGGGCACGAAUUUGAUGGCAAAUAUGUUAUAAGAGGAGAAUCUUUUGGAUGUUACGUGACGCGAGCUCAACACUAUAAAAAUACACUUUUCCGGCCACUUGGUUAUGAGUAUAUUCAAUUUUUUAAAUUUUCGAUACGUUUCCCAAGCGGCAAACAAACUUAAAAAGUAUGUUUAGUGUUUUAUAAUAAUAUAUAUAAAGAUUUAUAUAAUAUAUAAAGAUUUAUACAGCGCUUAAAUUAUAUAAAAUAUUCCAAAGCGCUUUACAACAAUGAGGUUAUACUAUAUACAAGUAGCUAAAAUAUUAAGAAUUAAGGUAUAGGUGUCUAUAAAUCUAAAAGUUAGAAUCGAAAGCUUUCUUAAAAAGGAAAGUCUUUAAUUGAGAUUUAAAACAAUCAAUUGUUUUACUAUUUCUAAUACCAGAAGGUAGCAUUUAUCUGUAAAAUAAUACUAAAAUGAAGAGAUUUUAGAUGGCACGCCAAAGAGAAAAUGAUGUCUGAAGUUCAGUAAGUUUUGCUUAUAUUGCUGUAUAAAUUUGGCGUCCGUUUUACAGCAUCAAUGAUAAUUACAUUUAAAUUGACGAUAUGUUUUUAAUUAUUAUUUUGUGUUUCUCAACCGCCAGAUACAUUUAAGGUUACAGAACACCUUUGAGUGUUAAUUUUGCCUAAAAUUUUUCUAUUGGUUCCAUGAAAGCAUUAGACUAGUUCUACUAUGUGACAAUGUUUGGACGAAAAAUGUUGAAAACUCGCAGAGUUAUUUAAUAAAAUACAUUUCGCGUGCAAUAAGAAAAACAUUGAAAAUGUAAUAUUCAAAUUCAAUUUUCUCGCGAAGAAUUUUACGGCAAUUACUGAUUUUUAAACGAGUUGUGCUCCUGCGGGUUUUAAUUCUUACAUUAUUUUAUUGUUUGUCAAUUUUACAACUUUAUCAUAUUUUGCAUGCACUGGCUAACAUUUGGUGAAAAUUUGAUGAAAAUCGGACUGAUUUUGAGCGCGCAGUAGCGAUUUUCCACAAAACGCCAAAAAGGGUGUCCUGUAACCUUAAAAAGGUUGCUAACUGUGUAAGCUACAAAAUAAAGCUAAAACAAAGUAAUUUUGAGAGGAACGCCAAAAAGAUUUCAGGUUUUGAAAACUUUUCAUUGCAAAUACACGACAUAGAAAAAUGCCUCAUAACAAUUCACUUUUAUAAUUCUCAACAGAGUUGGCCAGCCUGUCGGUGUUGGACUUGAAGAAAUCCCCGUCGAAGAUCUACCCCGACUCGAGGCAGGAAUACAGAGACCUGGAUCCGAAGUUGAAGAGCCAGUCAGAAUCAAGCAAAAUUCCGACGACACCUUGUCAGCGCAGUUUAUUCCCCACGAGGAAGGAGUUCAUAAACUUCAUGUAAGAAAGGACCAUAAGCCUCUGCCAGAGAGUCCGUAUUUGAUCAAUGUUCUUGGAAAAGAUGUUGUGGAAGAGGUAAUGUUUUAGUAGGGUUGUUGAGAGGAAUGGGUGACAGAUGUGGUUGGAGUGCUGUCUCCUACUGCUGAUUCAAGCUCUGCUACUGUAGGUCGAGGGUAGGGUAUUACUUUAGGAAAGCAAGGAUGACAAAUGUGGUUAGAGCGCUGUCUCUUACUACUGAGUUAAGCCUGCUGGUUAAGCUUACUAGUUCCUUCGAUAUAGCAUUCCAGAUGAUCUUGAUGCGCGGAAAAGUACUGGCACUAGUUGUCAAAUAGAAAUCCAUUUUGUGAUUAAAACAACUGAAUAUCUCCUGUGAUAUAGUUUAUUUCGAUUCCAUAUUUUUGUCAGAGCUAUAGUUCUCAUAACCAAACAUAAAUACAAAAUUUCAACUAGUUUCAUAAAGAAUAACGAAAGAUAUAAUUGACUGAAUACAUCAAAAUGGAUUUCUAUUCGGACAACCCUUUCUGAGCGCUGAUUGGCUAAAAUACGAACACGAGAUCACCUGGUUGGACUAGUAUCCCAAAGGUCGUGGGUUCGAUUCCCACCGUAGUCAGGCAAACUUUUCAGCUUGCCCGGUGUGGAUGCACACUCAGAGUAACACCACAGACAUAUUACAUAUACCAUCGACUGCUGCUUUGGACACACCAAUACAACCAUCCUAACUGUUACACAACCGUUGUAGGUGCACCCAGUUGGAAGAACAUGUGACGUAGGUCUGGAUAUACCUGGUGUGGUAUUACCAGAUGAUUUCAAGAAACUGUCAGGAACAUUGCAGAGACCACGAAGCAAGAAAGAAGAACCUGUGAGUCUGGAACUGAACCCCGACAACACCUUAGGUAUGUUGUGGAAUAUUUUG